AUGUCCAUGUCCAGAAUCGAAGGUGUUUCUAAAGCACAUUCAACAUCAGCAUUUGGUGCAUUUCUGAGUGGCCUGAACGAGUCAUUUGCCCAAGCAAAAGGCCAAAUCACGCUUAUGAUUCCUACACCUACUAUCAAUGAGGCCUAUGGAAUGGUAGUUCAGGAUGAGAGUCAACGAGCAAAGACAGUGAAUAUUAGUGGCUUGGAGAUAGGAGCAGCAGCUAUGGCAUACAACUCAGGACAAGGUUUUCCUAGUGGCUACAAGCAGAAAGCUCAGGUAUUAUGUGAUUAUUGCAAAUUAAAAGGACACACAAAAGAUGUUUGUUACAAGUUGGUAGGUUAUCCACCUGACUACAAGCCAAAGAAGAAAACCUUUGGAAGAAACAUGGCAGCAGCACACAAUGCAAAGGUUGACUAUUCAAAAGGACCAACAGACCAAGGAAGUUCUGGAAUAGAAACUACAAGGAACUUCUUCACAGAGCAGCAGUAUAAACAACUACUUCAACUGCUAAACCAGAACACAACACCUGUUGAAACAGCAGCUCAUGCCAAGGUCACAGGUAUACCAUUAUCACUCCUAAGUAAAGCUAAGCAGGAUAGGUGGAUCAUAGACUCAGAUGCCACUAACCAUAUGUUAUCUAGUUUGGAUUUCUUCACUGACUUUAUUGAGAUACCUAAAGGAGAAGGUAGGAAAGUGCAGCUGCCAACUGCUGAAACUAUUAGGAUUACGCACCUAGGAUCCUCUAGCAUUCUCAAUGGUUUACCAAUUAAAAUUGUCAUGUAUGUGCCACAGUUUAGGUACAAUUUACUGUCUGUUUCACAACUUACAAGGGACAUUGGAUGCUUCAUUGCCUUCUUUCCUUCUUGGUGUGUCUUCCAGGACAUUUGCAAUGGGAAGGUGAAGGGGAUUGGUAAGCUGGAGGAAGGACUCUAUGUGUUGUAUCUCAAGCAAAACUCAAAUCUCAAGUUGCCAAUUGGUUUUAUUACUUUCGCUUUAGUAAUAAAUAGAAUAAAUAGCUCUUUGUGGCAUAAAAUACUAGGUCACAUUCCUUUAGAUUCUUUGAAGAGAUUACCAGCUUUUCACAACAAGACAUUUGUUGACUAUAAAGAACACUGUCCAGUAUGUCCUUUAGCAAAGCAAACAAGAUUACCUUUUCCUAUUAGCAACAGUAGAUGUGAUGUCUUUGGUGACCUUAUACAUGCUGAUGUAUGGGGACCCUUGAAGGUUCCAACUUUUGAUGGUAAGAGAUAUUUUCUGACUCUUGUUAAUGAUUUCAGUAGGUAUACAUGGAUCUGCCUCAUGAACACAAAAGAUGAAUCAGUUGUGGUUUUGAGACACUUUAUUUCACUACUAAGAAAUAAAUUCUCCACUACUCCUAAAACACUAAGAACAGAUAAUGGAGGAGAGCUUUUUCACAAGCAGUUGACAGCCCUAUUGCAAUCUGAAGGAAUAGUGCAUCAAAGCUCCUACCCAUACACUCCUCAACAAAAUGGAAUUGUUAAAAGAAGGCAUAGGUACAUUUUGGAUACUACACGAGCCUUGAGAUUCCAAGAUGAAUUGCCUUUAAAAUUCUGGGGUGAGUGUGUUUUAAUAGCUGUUUAUUUGAUCAACAGAGUUCCUUCUAGAAUUUUGUCUGGUAAAUUACCUUUUGAGCUAGUAUUCCACAAAAAUGUCACCUUAGAUCAUCUCAUGGUGUUUGGUCGCCUGACCUAUGUUGCAAAUCUUAAAAGACAACACAAAUUCUCACCUAGAGCAGUACCAGCUAUAUUCUUGGGGUACUCAUUGGUGCAAAAGGCCUAUGAUUCUGACUCUGAUGAUCUUGUGUUGCCUCUACCUCACCAUUCCAUCACAUCACAAGACACUUCAUCAUCUGACUUGGCACACCAGGAUGAUCUUCAAGGCACUCCACUACAUAUUCCAACUGUUGCUCUCACUCCACCAUAUAUUCCACUCACUGAAGAUCUUCAAGGCAGUUCUACAUGUCCUGAUGAUCUUCUAUUUCCAGAUGAGUUUCCAAGCAAUCCUUCCCAUCACACUACUGUAGUUCCAUUCCCUGAGGUUCUUCCUUCAUCUGUUGCUGAUGACUUAACAGCUGCUAAGAUCAGAAAAUCCACUAGGCCUUCUAGGCCUCCUAUAUGGAUGAAUGAUUAUGUGGGUGAUCUCUUGGAGGAAGUAUACAUGACCAUUCCUCCCGGUUUCUCUCAUACCACUGCAAGGCAGGGGGAGCAUUCAUAUUCUGUUUGCAGACUUCACAAGUCCAUAUACGGACUCAAACAGGCUUCCAGGAAAUGGAAUCUUAAGCUCACAGAUGCCUUGCAUUAA